AUGUGGAUCAUUUCAUUCUGGGUAUUUCCGGUCAUAUCGGCCUUCAUGUGGUUAGCGAUGUUGAUCGCUAUGCUGGUCAUUUGGUCCGCCGUGGAUGGGUCGCCUAAAUAUCCAAGUAUGGAAGAAGGACAGACCAUUGCGUACAUUUCCGACGUUGGAGCACAGCAUUUGAAGCCUCUUUUCAUCGGCGGGUGUGUCGUCACCGUCGUCUUCCUUGAUCUAGCUUUCCUCGCUGAACGAUGGCUGCGACACGCUGGCCAACUGGUGCCAAACAAAGGACUCUUUGACAAAACCUGCGCUAUAUUGUCCAUUUUCUUCUCUAUUGCCGGUGCUUUGGGACUCAUUCUCUUGUCCAUUUUCGACACCCUCCGUCAUUCUAAUCUGCAUACUGGGUUUUUGGCCUUGUUCAUUGCUGGAUAUGUCAUUAGCGCCAUAUUUAUCUGCGCCGAAUAUCUUCGAUUGGGUCUCUUCUACCGCUCGCAGCAUAAAAUCCUGUUUGCUAGCUUCGUGAUCAAAAUGUGCUUCGUGGUGAUCGAAGUUGCUCUUGCCAUUGCCUUUGGUGUCUGUGGCAAGCACCAGGACAAGAGAAAUGCAGCCGCGGUCCUUGAAUGGGCCAUUGCGUUCGUAUUCACCUUCUAUGUUCUCUCCUUCAUCGUCGAUUUGCUGCCUUCGGUCCGUACGCGCCGCCAUGUCCCUCAAGGCGAGAAGCGGAUCGAGAUGGCGCAUUCUGGACCCGGUGCUCCUCAUCCCGAGGAACAAAUCACCUACGAAGAGCCCUUGACGAUGGAUUCUACCGGACCGAAUGCCGGUUAUUAUCGCGGCCAGCACAUCUAA